AUGGAUCAGGGCGAUCGCUGGAAGGCUGUUCGUAGCAAUUACUUGUGCCGGAUCUGCCUCGGUAAACACGGCAGAAAACCCUGUCGGUCCUGGGCACGUUGUGAUGUACAAGGGUGUCAAAUGCGUCAUCACCCGCUUCUACAUGGUGAUUUUUCGGUCGGCUCUAAACCGACACCGCAAGAAGGCAGCGUAGUUAAACAAGGAAAUCCAACUGAAGGCGUGAAUGCUCACCAUUCUAAUACUUCCACAAUGUUUCGAAUGCUACCGGUACGACUUUUCAGUAAUGGACAUAGUAUCGAAACGCUAGCUUUCAUUGACCAAGGCUCAUCAGUUACGUUGCUAGAGAAGAGAAUAGCCGAUACAUUGGAUAUUGAAGGGAAGGAAAUGCGUUUAUGCCUGACCUGGACCAACAAUAUCAGCCGAGAAGAAGAAGGUUCACUUCGAAGCCAAAGCUCCGGGAAUACUCAUCGGAGCAAAGGAUACUCGUCUCACUGCGACCCAACAAAUACGGGAAAGUCGCGUGAACGAGCCAAUAGCAGCGAAGACUCGCCUUGGAUCGGCAAUUUACGGAUCGACGCCGAAUGGGAUCAACUACGCCAGCUGCAACAUACACAUUUGCGGUUGCGGUCCGACGAAAAUUUGCAUGAGCUGGUCAAGCAGUACUUCACGGCUGAGAAUGUAGGCGUUUCAGUGGAUAGUUGCCCCGAAUCAGACGAUGAUCGGCGAGCUUGGGCUGUACUCGAGAGGACGACUAGGAGAGUCGAAGGUGGAUUCAAGACUCGGCUUUUAUGGCGCUACGAUAAAGUAGAUAGUUACGCUAUGGCGGUGCGACAGUUACGAUGUUUGGAGAAGCGUUUCAAGGCGAAUCCUGCGAUGUUCGAGAAUGUACAGUGUCAAAUAGUGCAAUAUCAGCAUAAAGGAUACAUCCACGAAGCUACGACCGAGGAGUUGGCCGCAGUUGAUCCACGGAGAAUGUGGUACCUCCCGAUCGGCGUAGUGCAAAAUCCGAAAAAGCCAAACAAGAUCAGAAUCGUGUGGGAUGCAGCAGCAACAGUGAACGGUAUAUCCCUAAACAACAUGUUGCUUAAAGGGCCGGAUCUAGUGCAACUAUUUCCAGAUGUACUCAGCAGAUUCCGGGAGCGAAAAAUUACCAUGAUAGGAGACAUCAUGGAAAUGUUCCAUCAGCUGAGAUUGCGGCGCGAAGACCGAUACAGCCAACUAUUACUCUGGCUCGGCGAAAACGGAAACCCUUUGAAGACCUUCGUUAUCGAUGUGGCGACGUUCGCCGAGCACGCGGAGCAAUAUCCACGAGCUGCGGAGGCAAUCGAGCGACGACAUUACGUUGACGACUAUUUGCAAAGCUUAGACAGCGAAGAAGAAACGUGCCGGGUGGUGGAAGAAGUCAAGCUGGUGCAUCAGCGAGGCGGAUUUACUAUCCGUAACUGGCUGCCCAAUUCAAGCGCAGUUCCUGUUUGGAGGAAAAGCAAAGAAGGCGCCAACAGUUUGUCGCCUGCAGAAUAG